UGUUCUAUACCAUGGUGUUAAAUGAGUUGUUGUGGGUCAGGAAGGCUGCAUGAGAAAGGAGAGGUGAAGUCAACAAGAGAAAGGAAAAGGCUGUGAUGAUGGAAGGAUGGAUGCAGUUUGAAGAGCAAAGGGGUUGGAAAGUAACAGAUGGACUUGGGAGGAUUAGAUUGAAUGUGGGUGGGUUUCUGCUGGAAACCAGGAAUGAUGAAGGAAUCAAGAGAAAAAGUGUGAAAACCUGAAUUUAUUAUUGAAGAAAGUUGAAGGAAACACAAAGUGAACAUCAUCUGUACAACCAACUUCGGUAUAGCAUGAGAGUCACCGGGCAUUAAUCUCCUCCACCUUACCCAAGAUUAAAACAGAUUUACCAGGCCCAGAGGCAGGCCUGGGGUCCUGGACUAAUCACUCCUUCUUUAACCCAACCCCUCUCUGAAUGGUAAGGGAACAAGUUGAGAAGGGGCAUGUGCAUGAGACUGGACUUGAUUAGAUGUAAAAUCCGGACAAGAUAUAAAUUGGUCUUGGAGCGGGAAGAAGAAAUCGUUGGAAAAACAGAUGUGUGAUGAGCCAUAAUGGCAAAGUGAAACAUGGGCUAGAUACAAGGCUGGUGCCGUAAUACCCUCAGUAAACAAAGCUCCUAACUUUAAAGCUGAUAACCUGCUUUGUUUGUGCAGUAAAUCCCGAGUUUCUGUAACAGAUACUACAGCAGGGACACCAGCUGAGACGGCUUUGAUGAGGACACAACAGCUGGAGCUCCUCAUGCAACUUCCAGCCCGCACAUCUGCCUCAACUUGAUUAAAUCCCAGCACUUUAUCUUUCUUUCCUCCACCGUUCUUUGACCUAUUCUCAUCAGAUAUUGUUCCUCAGACCCCGCCCUCUUUCCACCUGUUCACCACUCCUCAUCUUCCUCACCGAGCUUUGUUCUUCAUCUCAGACAUUUCUAAUCUCCUUAGUUUCUUCUUUUCCAUCUUCCAUGAAUCACUCAAUUUUUCAAUCAGCUACCCUGCAUCUUGCCUGACUUUUCCCAGAGCUGUCCUCAUGUUACAUGAAAUGCUUCAGCUAGCACCAGAACCAGUCAGGCGCCUCUUGCCAUUUUAGGGACCUCAAAGUAAAUUCUAGGUAUCACUCCCCCACCUGCCACAUUUCUCCACUGACUUCAGUCAGGUCGACCAGUAACAAUGCUGGAGAACAUGUCCAGACGUAACCGCACCUUGCUGUCCCUGGCUCUCACCUCUCUGGCCCUAACGAUGUCCGUGUCGGCUUUCUGCACCUCCUACUGGUGUGAAGGAACACAUAAAGUGGUGAAGCCAGUCUGCCUGUCACCGGUCAAGAUGAAGAACUGUGGGAAGAACAACAGCCAGCCAUAUACAACAGAGGCUCCCACCUUGGACCCCAAGAACCCAGUUUCCAACGUGACGCUCUCUCCACAGCAGAAGGAGGAACUGGCCCUGAUAAGGAAAAAGCAGUUGGCCAAUGCCGUCCAGUAUCUCUGGGAAACGGGCGAGGACAAGUACAUGCUGAGAUAUUUUCACACGGGCUUUUGGCUCUCCUGUGAAAAACACAAUGAAGGAGAUGAUCAGGAAGAAAAGUGUCGCAGCUUCAUUGAGCUGACCCCAGGGGAGACACAAGGCGUGUUAUGGCUGUCUGUUAUCAGUGAGUUCAUGUACAUCGGCCUUCUGGCGAUGGGUUUCCUCCUGAUGUGCGUCGAAGCGAUGUGCCUCUGUGCCAAGAAGGAGAUGAGCUCCUUGAAGAUCAACGCCUACGCUGCAAUGUGCACCGUCCUUUCGGGCUUGAUGGGGAUGGUAGCCCAUAUGAUGUACACAACAGUAUUUCAGAUGACAGUGAGCAUUGGACCAAAAGACUGGAGACCACAGUCUUGGGACUAUGGAUGGUCUUUUGCGUUAGCGUGGCUCUCCUUCAGUUGUUGCAUGGCAGCCGCUGUGGCAACACUCAACUCGUACACUAAGACCAUCAUCGAGAUGAAGCACAGAGCCAGGUUGAGGUUGGAGGAAGCUCGAGCUGCUACCAUCGCCCCUUCCUAUGAGGAGGUUGUUCGAUCCGGUGGGGGAGGGUUUUACUCAGUCAGCCAGCUGAUUCAGCUUGGCCAGCAGGGGGCCCUCAUGGAUCCACUGUUGCCAAGAGGACUGGGACCAGCGGUUGGACCUUUGGCAUGUGGUGCUGGUGGAGCCCUGCUGGUUGGAGGUGGAGUAGGCGGCAUUGGGAUGGGAACUGGAGGAGUUGGAACUGGAGGAACCCCAGCUUUGGGAGGAGCUGGCAGGAUGGGUGUUAGAGGAAGUGGAGUUUGGAUGGGAAUGGGCGGCACUGGUGGGACGAUGGGGGCAAUGGGAGGAGCUGGAAUGGGAACAGGAAGAAUGGACACUCAUGGGGUUGUAGUUGUGGAGGGAUGUGUCACUGAAGGAUGUGAGGAGUGUGAACGAGAGAUGGAUGAGAUAGAUUACACUCUGCAGGAGAAAAGAGAGGACUCGCUUUGCUAGGGUUUACAUAGGCUAAAGACUGGCAAGCAAUACAUGACAUGAACAAUCAUUUUAUUUGUUUUUGUACAUAAACACUUUUCAGGUUUGCAAAUGUUAGCAGAGUCAGUUUCAUUUUCACUAGCCUAAAAUUCCCAUACAUUUACAGCUAGGCUAAUGUCUGCUUACAAUGUUGUCCUGCCUAAAAUGUUUGCAAGUUUACAUUAUACUUGGGUUUUAUUAAUAGUGCAGUCAUUUAAUAAACACCUGUCAAGUCUUCUUCAAUAAGAGUUGGUGAGUAUUGCCCCAGUACACUGUACAGCAAAGAGAAACUCAGUUGCGGUUUAAUUAUCACUGACAUCAAGACUUGCCAUGACAUGUAACACAGCUCUUGAACUGAAGCUCAUCUACUACUUAGAGCCAUGAAUAAAUGAAGCAUUCUUUCUGUCAGUUCUAUGGUUUUAACGGAGAAAUUACCUGGUCUUAACCAAGUUUUAAAAUUAUUUAGAUAUAACCUCAAAUAUAUAAAAGCAAACAUGAAAGAUUUCAGUUUUUAAGAGAAUAAUGCCCUGUCAGAAAUGUUUAAGAGUUAGUCAAAACCUGGCUUGUACUCAUAUAAGGACAUGAGUUGGUAACAAGUCUAAGACUGGUAAAUCUAAGGAACUUUGUGAAUAUGUGUUACAAGCCGGAUACAAGCUGGUCAUACUGGACAUUACACAGCAUUUUAUUGUUAAAUGAAUUGAAAAUUUCAUUGCACCCAUGUGGAGCAAUGACAAAUAAAGAAUUCUGAUUCUGAA